GUGUCACUAGCGCUGUCGUCAUAGAAGGCAUAUGUAGUUUUUCCCCUUUGUAUUUUGUUUACAUCGCUGCAAUUUUGGAGCAUUUUCCGGCUUGCUAAAAAAUAACUUUUUCAGUUGAUUUUGCAUAAAUUAUCUCAGUGAAUGAUGUCUAAUCCCCUUGGAAUACGUGUGAACAAUGAGAGUUUUCUCAAUGAGAGUGAACAGGAUGCUAAUUCAUCUCUGACAGAAUUGGAUAAAGGAUUGAGAUCUGCAAAAGUUGGUGAACAGUGUGAGGCAAUUGUGAGAUUCCCAAAGCUCUUUGAGAAAUAUCCAUUCCCAAUCCUUAUAAAUUCGUCAUUUCUCAAGUUGGCAGAAUUCUUCCAGAAUGGGUCGAAUUUGUUGCGUUUGUGGGUUUUGCGGGUGUGUCAGCAGAGUGAGAAGCAUCUGGAUAAGAUUUUAAGUGUCGAUGAAUUUGUUAAGCGGAUUUUUUAUGUGACUCAUUCGAAUAAUCCUAUUGAAAGGGCUCUGGCCAUAAGGACACUGGGAGCUGUGGCUAGAAUUAUUCCGGAGAAACAGCAGGUGCAUCAUGCUAUUAGGCAGGCUUUGGAUAGCCAUGAUAUGGUGGAAGUUGAAGCAGCUAUUUAUGCUAGUGUCCAAUUUGCUGCUCAAUCGAAGACUUUUGCCAUUAGCAUGUGCUCCAAAGUGGCCACGAUGAUUGAGUCAUUGAAUACUCCGAUUAAUAUGAAAUUGCAGUUGAUCCCUGUGCUGAGGCAUAUGCAUCAUGAUGCAAAUACUGCGGCUCUCGUUAAGACACUUUGUAUUAAUUUGCUGCCUAAAUAUCCUUCGGAGAAUUUUGUCGUGGUUAUUCUUGAUUCCCUGUCGAAGUUAUCGUGUCAGACCCUUGUGGAUAUUCCCGAUCAGGUAAAUGUCCUCUUGGGAUAUUUGUCUGAUCCCAGGAGGAAGGUGCGGUAUCAAGUGUUGCAUUCACUGCAGAGUCUGGCAGAGAAGGGAGCACAUCUCUGGCCCAAUGGGACAGUUCGCAAUCUUCUGACCAUUGCCAAGGAAUGCAAGGAUGAUGGCAAUGAGCAGAGUCUCAUUUUGGCCGUGGUUAUGACACUGACAACGUGUCCAGUUACUUGUCAUUCGCUUCUGUCUGAGGAGCAACAGCUCAUUUAUGAUCUGUGUUCGGGAUGCUUGACCCUUGAGCAUCACAGUGCCAGUGCUAAAGCCCUUGCAAUCCUCACCAGUCUCAUUCUCUACUGCCAUUUGGAGCAUAUUGGAUCACCUGUGGCCAAAUUCAUGAAUCUCAUUAAUCUCCAUCUUGAAUCUCUGAUUGUGACUUCUCUGCCUCAGGAGAAGUUCACCAGGGAAUUCGCUCAGUAUCUCAAAUGUGGUGUUCAGUUGUCCGAGAAGGAUCCUGCCUUUGGGGAGUCUUUUGUUGAGCUCAUGGGGAGUCUGUUGCUCGAUCAAUUUGUCUACUGCGAGAAGCAUACGGUGCUCAUUUGUGAGACUUUUGCUGCUCUCUGCUCUCAGUUCAGUAGCAAUCGAUUUGCUCCCAUUGUCCCCGGUGGCUCCGGAGACGAGCGAAUGGAUGUCGAUGAGGGCCUUCCGGGAAAGAAUCCCAUUCACAAUCUUCUGCCUGACAUUCUGCGGAAGCUGCUGUUCCUGGUAGAUAAAGGCCUUGCAGAAAAGAAUGUCCAGUUUAUUGAGAUCAUGACGGCAGUCUGCCUUCAGGCGCAUCUUGGUGUCCUUAUCCCGGAAAAUGUAUUCAAUGGUCUCGAGAGGGUAAUUGCUGCCAUCUCUUGGUGGUCGCAGUAUCGAAUUGCAAGAUCUGCCUCUCGUUAUGGCCAUCAUUUUCUCUCAGCCAGGAUUUAUGCAAAACUCGCCAAUGUGGUGUCCCUGGAAAAGCUUCAUUUCUUCCUAAUAGCCCUUUCCCAAAUCUCCAAGGCGGAAUGUGUCCUUAUGCAUGGCCGGGAAUUCGAAGAAAUAGCCAAGAAGUACAAAUGUUCCAAUCCCGAGGAAUUCUUGUCACUGUCACAGCGACUGGAAAAGUCAAUUGCCAUGUACUGGAAGGCACUGGCUACCCUCAAAGCCAGCUCUUCGCCCAAUCAUCCAAUGACCUUCCAAUCGGAAUUUAUCCGGCUCCGUGGCCAGUUCCUCGAAGCCCUCUUUACAGCUGUCAUCACAAAGAACACCCAGCUUAUAACACUUCCCCCAGCCAUUGCCCAGAGCCUAGCACAGAAUUCCCGGGAUCAUCUCCAAAUGUACGGCCAUGUGACGAAUCAACUCAGGAAAACAGUAAAAACCUUCAAAGUCUGCGAGGAUGCCUAUGCAAAACUCUACAAAUCGGCCUUUGAUGCGGAUCCCUGUACCCUGGAAUACCUCCAACUCGCUCAGUAUCUCUGUGGUGUCCUUGGGAAUUCCGUCGAAGCCAUCUGCUUCGUCUCACCAUCCGAUGCUCCCAAUCAACCAACCGAAGGACUCUACCCAGAAACCAGACUCUUCCUCAAUGGCUGCCAGAGGAUCAUCAAAGAAAUGCAAAAACUCCCCAAAGAAACAGGAAAUAAGAAAUCCAUCACAACUGAACACACUCAAGUCCUCCUCAGCCAAAUCGAUAUGACCAUGAGUAUUCCCAUGUGCAUCCCACGUUUCUUCUUCCAAAUCCUCCAAAGUACCUCAAUCAAACUCUCCGUACUGCCACAGCCACGAGCAGCAGGAGAACCAGUCAAUGUGCAACCCAACAGUAGCCUGGUCGUGAAGGUGGAAGGAGUCAUUCAGCACAGUGGAACGAAGCCCAGUAUGUUCCGUUCCAUUGAUUCGGUGCAGUUGACUCUGGUGUCGCAGUUGCUGACACAACGUCCGAGUGAGAUUAAGCAGAUGAAUGAUAUCACAAUGACGCAAACUGUCAAGCCUCAUAGGGACUUCCUCUCGGGAAGUUUCCUACUGCAGCUCAAUAAUAUCCAGACCAGUUCAAUGGGAACGCCAAUUUCCGUUGGAGGGCAGUGGCAGGUCACAGUCGAAGCUUGUGUCAUCGAUCAGUCUGGAGCUCUCUGGAACACAGGACCAAAAAGUACUCUGCUGGUGCGAGUUCCGGACGACCCAUCCAAGCAAACAGUAAGCUCUUCCAGUUCCUUGAGACGAUUCUAAAAGAAUAAAAGGCGCAACUUAUUCCACGGUAAAAAUAGUCUCCUUUUUAUUCUUUCUCUUCUUCAUCAUAAAAUCUACAAGGUAUCGUGAAUUAAUUAAAAAUACAUGUUUUUUCUUUUAAA